UCACCAGUGCUGUCAGUGAGCGUCAGACGCGGCGCGAAGUAACGUGAAUGUUUGUGCGAUCGCAGCGUGUCCUCCUUCGGCAGGAUUCUUCUCCUGCGUCGCCUUUCGAAAGGGGGUGCAGCGCGUGCCUGUGAUGCGACGUAACGUCAUUCCGCACGAACAGCAAGAUCGAAGAGUCCCGUCGUGAAAUUCGGAAAGGAAACAGCUAUCGGGUCGAGCGCGACGUAUCAUUUUCGUUAAGUGUCAAAGAAAACUCCCUGUCGGCGUCGCGCCCCAUCGAUUGUUCGAUGUGACAAAAAAAGAAUCAAGUUCGCGUGAGAACGGACACUCGACGGAAGUACAUCCUGUGAAGGGACUCGAGAGGCUCCUCAGGAGAUUGACAGUCGGCGAUGGCAUGGUUUCCCGCUCGGCGUUUCGCAGCGCGUCGAUCUGUCAGUGACGGACGCCGGACGCCGGAAGUGGCGAAUGAACGAUCGUGAAUGCGUGGAUCCCGACGUCAGUGUCCGCCGAUCUUAUUUCUCGACGCAGUCCGCUCGACAGUUCGCCUUCUUUCGCGCCGUAACGGAAUACGUAAAUCACAUAAACCGGGACGGAUACGGCCGCGAGGAAACGCGGCUUUUCAAUCUGAUGAUUGAUGCGAGCUCGGAGAUAAGUGGAUCUUUUCUCGUAUCGUCGAUCUUCUUUCUGGACCGCUGCCGAAUUCCGAUACUCCUUUAGCUUAACUGAAGCUUUACCGAAUUUUAUCUAUAAAUUAAUUACGAUUUCAAUGUUGUGCUACAAAGACUUUUUUCGAAAUAUAUCGCACUUGCGAGAGCGCGAAAAGAGUAUUCUGCAGCGUGCACACGUGUAAACUAAACAGAUUCCUGCAUCAAUAUUUAGUCAGAAGCCUCAAAUUGCAAUCGAAAAAUAACACUGCAUCUCACAAUCAUCAAUCAUCAUUGUUGUGGACUAUUUUAACGGUUAACAUUCUGUUCCGUUUGCUCGUGAGAAUUAAUCGCUCCACAUAAUCGCGCUAAGAAACGGAGCCUCGGAAAAGCGAGUCGCAGAGAAAAAUGUGUGUAUCCGUCGAAACAUUAAGCCCGCCUCACCGAACGAGAGCCACGCCGGCAUCGUCAGCGCAUAGCGCGCUUCGGCUUUCGACCUCUGCGCGCACCGAGUAGUCAGUUCGAGGGCCAGGAAAAAAAAAUCGCGAGCGAAAGUCUCGAGCCAGCGAGUGGUCGUAGAACGGGCGGGCCCGUUCGUUUCUCUGUUACUCGCCGCGAGUUCGAGGUCAUGAAGGUCCGGAGUUAUCCGGGCCGGGCGGUUCUGGAGGACCCGGAACUCAUGCUGGAUCCGGACGCGACGCGCGGCAGAGCGAUGGAGCUGCUCUACGAGGCCAGCUGGCGGGAGUGCGGGGUCAAUUGGACCAGUAACGGCACCGGUAGCAGCAAAAUUUCCCGUCGACAAGACGACGCGUCCUACAAGCGUUUCUACACCGACGUGGGGUCGCAAAUUGAGUUGGAAGAUACGAACGGACCGUCCACGCAGGAGAACGUGCGGUCCAGGGGCUCCAGCAGCGCCGACACCACCGAAAGCGAUUCCUCCGAAGUGAAUCAGCCGGCGCCGUCCAGCAACACUCAAGGCGGCUUCCUUAUACCGAGACCGAGGCUGAUCGUGCCGGUUCACACCUACGCGAGAAAAAGACGCACCGGUGCGCCGCAGCCUAUCAAAAGACGCCAAAUACACGAAGCUUACAUGUUUGUCGGUAAUUAUGUUGGACAAGAAGUAACGGAUCAUGGAGUAAAUUUUUUCCGUGCAACUUGUAAUGGAUUAUGGUACACAGCACCAGUACGUACUCAGAAAUUGAUAUUGUUUUUAAUGCAAAAAGGGAUAAAGAAUAUUACUUUGAGAAUUGGUAACUUAUACGAUGCGUCCUUGGAAGGUUUUACUGCGCUCGUAAAUAUGGCAGUAUCCUAUUUUAUGUUGAUGUAUCAGACCCAAUAAUAACAAAUUGCAGAGUUUAUUAUCAAUCAGAUGAAUUUUUAUCAGGUUGACAGAGUUGUAGAACAUGUAUUUUAGAUUUGUUGAAUAUAAUGUGUUAAACAAGCGUAACAUUCUUUCAUUAUUUUGGUCCAAUAUUAAUAAAGAGAUAACUUAACAACAAAUGGCAUUAAAAUAUAAUAUAAGUAAAUGAAAGAACAGGUUUAAAUUGCUUAUAGUUGUAUCGAUUAUAAAAUAUUAAAGCGAAUUAUUUCGAUCGUGAGUGGAUUAUUAAUCGUUUAAAAUGAUCUUUCGCGGUUUCAAAUUAUAGCAAUAAGUUUGAUAUCAUAUCAAUCAACUGAAAGUUACUUAUAUAAUUCCAUACUUUCUUUAUUAGGCGCUCAAUUCUUAUAUUUUUAUU